AUGACCAUCCAAACCUUCUUCGAUGUUACCUGGGAGGGCCCAGUUCUUGACAGCAACGGACGUCCCACCACACAGGUCAAAGGUGAGUACCAUCUGCUCGUCAUCUCCUUGUCUUCAAUGAUUGAGCAUCAUACAUCCGUCAUUAUCAUCAAAAUGAUUCGCUUCGCCAUUGUAAUGACUGUCGACGAAACUCUCCAGCUUCAUCUCGAUGGCUGGAAACAAAAUGGCCGUAUCAACUUCAACCUCUACGAUGAUGUAGUCCCAAAGACCGCUGAGAACUUCCGUGCUCUCUGCACUGGCGAGAAGGGUUUCGGCUACGCCAACUCCUCAUUCCACCGCAUCAUUCCUCAGUUCAUGCUCCAGGGUGGUGACUUCACCCGUGGCAACGGCACCGGUGGCAAGUCCAUCUACGGUGAGAAGUUCGCCGAUGAGAACUUCAAGAAGCUCCACACCAAGCCUGGUCUUCUCUCCAUGGCCAACGCUGGUCCCAACACCAACGGCUCCCAAUUCUUCGUCACCACCGUUGUCACCAGCUGGCUCGAUGGCAAGCACGUCGUCUUCGGCGAGGUUGCUGACGAGGCUUCAUUGAACGUUGUCAAGGCCCUUGAGGCAACCGGCAGCGGCAGUGGCAAGGUCCAGUACAAUAAGAAGCCCACCAUUGUCGGGUCUGGUCAGUUGUAA